GACCCCUCGGCUCCCGCGGCCAGCCCAGCUGUCUGUCUGUGAGUGAGUCCCGGAGACAUUAAUAGCCGCUCGCAGUCUCUCUCUCUCACCCCCGGGCUGCCCGCACACCAUGGGACUCAGCGAGGACAUCGAGCGCUUCGAGAGCUCCGGCAAAGGCAGGGGCCUGCGGGCACGGCGCUCCUUCCAGCUGGGGGAGCUGCUCUUCUCCUGCCCGGCCUACACCUACGUGCUGACCGUGAACGAGCGCGGCAACCACUGCGACUACUGCUUCACCAGGAAAGAAGGUUUAUCGAAAUGUGGGAAGUGUAAGCAGGCGUUUUACUGUAACGUUGAAUGCCAGAAAGGAGACUGGCCUAUGCACAAGUUGGAAUGCUCUUCGAUGUGUGCUUACGGACAGAACUGGAAUCCUUCGGAAACUGUAAGGCUCACUGCAAGGAUAAUAGCCAAACAGAAAACACAGACAGAACGAACGCAGGGAGAGCGGUUCCUGACAGUUAAGGAGUUCGAAUCUCAUCUUGAUAAACUCGACAAUGAAAAGAAAGAGCUGAUUGAAAAUGAUAUUGCUGCACUGCACCACUAUUAUUCCAAGAGUUUGCAUUAUUCUGAUAAUUCCGCUCUUGAAAUUCUGUUUGCACAGGUUAACUGCAAUGGAUUCACGAUUGAAGAUGAGGAACUCUCUCAUUUGGGAUCAGCUAUAUUUCCAGAUGUUGCACUAAUGAAUCACAGCUGUUGUCCUAAUGUGAUUGUCACUUACAAAGGGACGGUUGCAGAAGUCAGAGCCGUGCAAGAAAUCAAUGCGGGAGAUGAGAUCUUCACCAGCUACAUUGAUUUGCUGUACCCCACAGAAGAUCGCAAUGACCGAUUGAAGGACUCUUAUUUUUUUACUUGUGACUGCAAAGAAUGUAGCACCAAGCAAAAGGAUGGCGCGAAAAUGGAGAUCCGAAAACUUAAUGACCCUCCCAGUGCACAGACUGUAAAAGAUAUGGUCAAAUAUGCCCGAAAUGUUGUUGAGGAGUUUCGAAGAGCCAAGCAUUAUAAAACGCCUAGUGAGCUUCUGGAAAUCUGUGAGCUCAGCAUGGAAAAAAUGGGAGCUGUGUUUGAAGAGAGCAAUGUUUACAUGUUGCAUAUGAUGUACCAAGCUAUGGGAGUUUGUCUCUACAUGCAAGACUGGGACGGGGCCCUUAAGUAUGGACAAAAAAUAAUCAAGCCUUACAGUAAGCACUAUCCUGCAUAUUCGUUGAAUGUUGCCUCCAUGUGGCUGAAACUUGGUAGACUUUAUAUGGGACUGGAGAAAAACACUGCCGGGACAAAGGCCCUUAAGAAGGCCAUUAAUAUAAUGGAAAUCGCUCAUGGCGCUGAUCAUCAUUAUAUCACAGAAAUCAAAAAGGAACUAGAACAUUAAAGUAUGCGAACGGAGCACUUCUAUUUAAACACGUGUUUGGAAUGCUAAGAUGUUUGUCAAUGGAACUGCGAAACCUGUAAUGCUGCUUUUAUUUUUACCAUACAAGUGGUAUCUAGAUUGUGUGCUACUGUUUUGCUUGGAAAGACUGUUAAUUAUUAGCCUAGAGGGGCCGAAGCUUAUAUUUAUAUUUCUUCAAACAGUUUAAACAAAAUUUGAAUAAUUUAAUAAAAAAAAAGUAAAACAAAAAAGGGUAAAUAUCCCAAUAUGUAUGGAUCAAGUAAAACUGAAUAUUAGGGAUAUUAGUUUAAAAUUAUAGGACUAAAAGUGUAAAUUAUUUAAUCAGUCAACCUGAUAUUGUAGGUUGCUAAACAGUAAUUAAAGGGACACUCCACUGCUUAAAUACAAAAUAAUCCCGGUUUAGUAGAUAUACCCCAAAUGAAAACUUGCGUGCAUUUAAUUAUGUAUUUUUUCAUUGCAGAUAUCUAAAAUCAGCUUGCAAAACCUUGCAGUUCUCUUCUCUGCUGCCUUUGCAAGCUCUCCCUUUCUAACCCGGCCCAGAUUUUCUGUGUCUGUCCAGUCACAGACUUCCAAAUACAGCUCAAUGAGAAGUCAGGUGCUCUGAACAAUUGCUGCCUCUUGAUGUCAGCUGCAUUGAGCUAAUGAAACCAGGAAGUAACAUGAUCUGUUGUCUGUUUGAACACCAAGGGGGUGUAACCAAUUUAAUUAAU